CAACCAGUCACUAUUUGCCUCACACGUAGAGUAAUCGUGCGCCCGCGCAGGCCCUACACGAUGCUAUUGAGAAACCUGUACAGAAAUGCAGUUAGGUGUAACAUUAGAUUUUAUUCUGGACAUUCAGUUUAUAACAAGCCCCCGAAAAUACUUAUAACUGGAGGACUAGGUCAACUCGGAGUCGAGUGCGCGAAGUACCUCCGCCACAAAUAUGGCAAAGAAAACGUCCUACUGUCAGACAUCAUCAAGCCAUCACAGGAAAUCGUCAACGACGGACCUUACCUUUUCGUAGACAUUCUAGACUUUAAGGGCCUCCAGAAAAUAGUUGUGAACCACAGGGUGGACUGGCUAAUCCAUUUCUCAGCUCUUUUGAGUGCCAUAGGAGAACAGAAUGUUCCUUUAGCUGUACGAGUGAAUAUAGAAGGAAUGCAUAACGUAAUAGAGCUAGCGAAACAGUAUAAUCUAAGGGUGUUUGUCCCUAGUACGAUUGGAGCCUUCGGACCAGAUUCCCCUAGGAAUCCCACGCCAAACAUUACUAUACAAAGACCUAGAACAAUUUAUGGUGUGUCGAAGGUGCACGCUGAACUAUUAGGAGAAUAUUAUUAUUACAAAUUUGGAUUGGACUUCCGUUGCUUGAGGUUCCCAGGAGUAAUUUCAAGCGACCCUCCUGGCGGAGGGACAACAGACUACGCCAUCGCAAUCUUCCACGACAUGCUGCGCAAAGGACAGUACCAAUGCUACCUGAAGCCCGACACGCGGCUUCCCAUGAUGCACGUCAAUGACGCGCUUCGUGCCCUCUCAGAGUACCUGGAGGUUCCCAACGAGAGACUGACCAGGCGCGUCUACAACGUUACCUCUAUGAGCUUCACUCCCGAAGAACUUGUGGAGGCCAUGGCGAAGUACAUGCCAGAAAUGAAAAUCACAUACCAACCUGAUAGUAGACAAGAAAUUGCGGACUCCUGGCCCCAAGUGUUCGACGACAGCGAAGCCCGACGCGAUUGGAACUGGAAGCCCGACGUGGACCUGGAUCAGCUAGUCCAGCUCAUGGUGAAAGAAGUCAAAGAGAAGAUAGCAGCGAACGGGUUCUAGAUUUAAUUGAUAAUCCAGAGGGCGCCCGGCGCUACUUUAGAGCGGGAUACAAAGUCACAUGGAUGGGUGAAUAAUUUUUCAAGGCAUAGCUUGUGAUUUGAAUUGAAAGGAACGAUACAGACCUAGUUUCAGAAUGAGAUUACACGGUUCUAUAUUGGCUCACAUAAAAUUCUAAAUCCUAUUCUUUGUCUUACUACCGAUUUCUGUUCAUAAUAAUCUCUCUUCAUAAUUUUAUUUUUCAUACUUUUUUUAUUCAUACAUUUUUAUUACUACCAUCGGAGCUCAUAACAGUUAGUAAUCAUAAUUUUUUUAUCAAUACCGUUACUACCAAGAACCAUUUAAAAUACAUAAUUUUUAUUUUCAGAUCUUUUUUCUUCAUAACAUUCAUUGAUCAUAUUGUUUUAAUUAAUAAUGUUGUUACUAAGAACAUACUUCAACUCAUAAUGUUGUUGUUCAGAAUAAUUUACUUUAUAACAGACAUACUCGUAUCUUUAAAAAAAUCAUAUAUAAUUUAAUAGAGUAGAGAAGCAUGCAGAUCAUGCAGCAUGAAAGCAAGCAUGCAGCAUGCAUUGGUAUCUCCUCGUCUCCGGCGCUGCGGGAUGUGCAGCCCUUCCGCCCUUGCGUAACGAGG